GCAUGUUGGUUCUGCAUGAGUUACGACACAAAGCGUGUAGGCUUGCAGCUGCGACAUGUUCACAACAGUACAUUAAUAGCUUACAACACAGGCAAGCAGAUAAAGUAAAAACGGGGUCAUGGAAUAAAAUAACAGUACAACUUUCAUUACGCCUUGUCGACAGCUUAGAAACACUAACUGGCCGACGCAUGCUCAAGAGAAACGGACAGCGGUAUGGACAAAAAUGAUGACUGUGCCGUGUCGGAAAAAGCAACACUACUUCACUGCCCAGCGAAGAACGGUGCUCUUACACAACAAAGUGUGCCGGGAGCUGGUGAUGUGACUUCCGGUGAUACACGGCACAGUGCUGUUCAGAAGGAUGGUCUGGCGGUACACAAGGAUGGGGUAGACGAGGAUGGUGAUGAAGAAUACGACGCUCCUGAUGGCGGAUGGGGUUGGAUGGUUUGUUUUGGAUCCUUCUUUGCCAUCUUCAUACUCGAUGGUACAUCGUUUUCUUUUGGUGUUCUCAUGCUGGAGUUCCUUAACGAUUUUGGAGCAGAUAAGUCGACAACUGCCUGGAUUGGGAGUAUGCAGAUGGGCGUCAGCAUGAUGAUAGGUCCUGCCAUCAGUAUGUUACUGAAGAUGCUCAGCCUAAGGCAGGUGACCAUCUUGGGUUCUCUGAUAUCUGCUUGUGGCUUUGUUGCCAGUGCUUUUGCUCCAAAUGUUUAUGUUUUAAUGUUUACCUUUGGAAUUAUGGGGGGUAUUGGCAUUGGGAUGGUGUUUCUACCAGCCAUCAUUGUGGUGGGUCUGUACUUCAAUAAGAAAAGAGCUAUAGCCACUGGGAUAGCAACAAGCGGCUCAGGUCUGGGAACAUUCGUGUAUGCCUACAUCACCGACAUGCUCCUACAGCACUACCACUGGAGGGGAACGGUGCUGAUCCUUGGCGCGCUGCUACUCAACUGUAUGGUCUGCGCCAUGUUGUUUCGGCCAUUGGUUGCGAAGAAAAGACAAGCCAAACUGGUUGAUUUUAAAACUUAUCAAGCAGACGGCACAUCUAAUAGUGAUACAAGUAGUUCUACAGCUUAUCAGCAGCUAAACAAAGUCAGUUUACUUAAAGAAACUGCUGGUCAAACUCAUAAUGAAAGUCUUGGUGGAAGUGGGGAUAAGGGAGGUCACUACCGUUACAAUGAUGACAGUAGUAACAACAAGGGCAGCUAUAGUCAUGAAAAAACUUCACAACAAUAUUCCAUUCCACCUGAAAAUUUAACAGAAACUGCAAUUGGAGAAAGGGGACAAUACUCCAGUCUGCAAGGCAGUGUUAAAAAUAACAUUUCUGAGGAAACAAAUUAUUCUGACACUUCAAAUGGUGCUUCAAAACUGUACACAGAAUUAAAGGAGAUCACAACUCUUGAUAAAAUAAACAGGCAUGCAGAGUCCUGUGUUAACAGUAACUGUGAUAUCUGUCUGGAAAAAGAAGGACAGAAUAAUAAUAGUAUUGAUGCUUGUUGUCUAGAGCAAGCCAAUUUCAUACCAAUGAAGUUGUUUAAAAACAAAAUAUUUGAUCUUUUGUUGAUAGCUUUUAUCAUGUGGACUGCCCAGUCCAUCUUUAUGAUGUACCUCCCUGACUUUGCAGUCUCACAAGACAUUGAAAGAUCAGAUGCUGCGUUUCUCAUCUCUAUAGUAGGAAUCUCUAACAUUAUAGGACGUCUGUUAGCUGGGUUUGUCACAGACUGCUGUCAUGUGCCCAGUAUUGGAUUGUAUAGUGUGGCCCUUCUCUCCGCAGCCUGUGUGAUUCUAGCCGUCCCAUUCUGUACCACACUGCCGUUGAUACAGGCCUGCAGUGGCUUUUUUGGGCUUUGUAUGGCCGUUGCUGUGUCACUGAGGACUGUAGUACUAGCUGAACAACUAGGGAUCCACGCCCUGACUGAGUCCUUUGGCGUUGUAGCCCUGUUUCAGGGAAUUGCCUUUGUUGUUAACCCUCCCAUAGCAGGUAAACUGCUUGAUGAGUUCCACUCAUUUAAGCCACCUUUUAUCAUGGCAGCCAGCAUGUAUGUUGUAUCUGGCAUGGCCUCCUUGUGUGUUGGUAGUCUGAACAGGAAACACUCUAGAAACAUUCCACUGAAAGAGGAGACGAUUGUUGUCAUGGAAAAACAAUGAGGAA